CUGAGAUAGUGGAGGGCAGUUCAGUGACUCUGAACUGUAGCAGUGAUGCUAACCCAGCAGCUACUUUUAAAUGGUACAAGAAGAACCAAUCAGCAGCUCAGGGACGAAAAGGCAUUUAUUAUUUUACAUCCAUUAGCCCUGAGGACAGAGGGAUGUACUACUGCACAUCUGAGAAUCACUAUGGACGGAUCAACUCUUCAACUCUAUUUGUAGAUGUCCAGUAUGCUCCAAGGUUUUCCUCUGUGUCAACGAGUCCCUCUGCUGAGAUAGUGGAGGGCAGUUCAGUGACUCUGACCUGUAGCAGUGAUGCUAACCCAGCAGCUAAUUAUACCUGGUACAAGGAGAACCAAACACUGCUUCAAGGACAAGUUGGCAUUUAUUCUUUCACCUCUAUCAGCUCCAAGGACAGCGGGAUCUACUUCUGCAGCUCUAACAAUAAGUUUGGCCAGAGAAACUCCACAGGAUUACAUGUAGAUGUUCAGUAUGCUCCAAAGCUUCCCUCUGUGUCAGUGAGUCCCUCUGCUGAGAUAAUGGAGGGCAGUUCAAUGAAUCUGACCUGUGAGCUUCACGUGUGA